AUGACUAAAGAUUAUACAUGGUGGAAAGACGGUACUAUCUAUCAAAUUUAUCCAUCUACUUUUGCAAAGGGUCGUAAAGGAAAAUUUGAAGGUCCAAAAGAUAUCUUUGAUGGAGAAACUGGUGAUUUGAAAGGUAUCAUUGGGAAAUUAGACUAUUUGAAAGAAAUUGCUGACAUUAUCUGGUUAAGUCCUCAUUAUGAAAGUCCUAACAAUGAUGUUGGUUAUGACAUUUCAGACUAUCAGAAAAUCUUACCAAGAUAUGGUAAUUUAGAAGAUAUGCAAGAAUUGAUUGACGAAUGUCAUAAACGCGGUUUAAAACUCAUUUGUGAUUUAGUUAUUAACCAUACUUCUGAUCAACAUGAAUGGUUCAAAGAAUCAAGAUCAAGUUUAGACAAUCCAAAAAGAGAUUGGUAUAUUUGGAAAAAACCAAAAUAUGAUGAAAAUGGAAACAGGCAUCCACCAAAUAAUUGGGGUUCAUUUUUUUCCGGUAGUGCUUGGGAAUAUGAUCCUAAAACAGAUGAAUAUUAUUUAAGAUUAUUUGAUGUUAGUCAACCUGAUCUUAAUUGGGAAAAUGAAGACACAAGAGCAGCAAUUUAUGAGUCAGCUAUGAAAUUUUGGUUAGAUAAAGGUGUAGAUGGAUUCAGAAUUGAUACUGCUGGGUUGUAUUCAAAAGAUCAAGAUUUCCCAGAUGCCCCAAUUCUUUAUCCUGAAGAUGAAUUUCAACCAAGUGGAAACUUAAGUAAUAAUGGUCCUAGAAUUCAUUUUUUUCAUAAGGAAAUGUACGACAAGGUUACAUCCAAUUAUGAUGCCAUGACUGUAGGUGAGGUUGGCCAUUGUUCAAGAGAAGAAGCUUUGAAAUAUGUUAGUGCAUCUAGAGGUGAGAUGAAUAUGAUUUUCUUAUUUGACACUGUUGACAUUGGGUCAGAUAAAAGUGAUAGAUUUAGAUACUAUGGGUUUGAUUUGAAGGAUUUGAAAGAUGCUAUUAAAACUCAAUGUGAAUUCACUGAAGGUACAGAUGCUUGGUCUACUGUUUUUAUAGAAAAUCAUGAUCAACCAAGAUGUAUAACUAGAUUUGGUGAUAAGAAACAUCAAGUUAAAAGUGGAAAAUUAAUAGCUAUGUUUCAAACUACAUUAACUGGUACUUUAUUUAUUUAUCAAGGUCAAGAAAUUGGUAUGACUAAUGUUCCUAGAGACUGGUCAAUCGAUGAAUACCAAGAUGUUAAUACUAUCAACUAUUAUAAUCAAUUCAAGGAAAAGUAUGGUAAAGAUGCUGAUUUUGCUGAAAAAGAAGAAAAGUUAAUGGAUAUCAUCAAUUUGUUAGCUAGAGACAAUGCUAGAACACCAAUGCAAUGGGACGAUUCUGAAUAUUCCGGUUUUUCAGAUUACAAACCAUGGUCCAAAGUUAAUCCAAAUUACAAGGAAAUCAAUGUUGCCAAACAAUAUGAUGAUCCAAAUUCUUUAUUAAAUUUUUAUAAGAAAUCUUUGAAAUUAAGAAAAAAAUAUAAGGACUUAUUCAUUUAUGGAUCUUUCGAAAUUUUAGAUUAUGAUAACAAACAAACUUUCACCUACGUGAAAAGUUUAAAAGAUGCCGAUUCACCAAAAGCUUAUGUUGUUUUGAACUUCUCUAAAGAAAAUGCUAAAUUUGAAAAGUUGAUUGAUGGCCAAUACGAAUUGGUCAGUUGCAAUGUAGAUGAGGCUGACAUUGAUGAAGACAGAUUAUCACCAUUCGAAGGUCGUAUAUACAUUGUAAACUAA